AUGAGUAAAAUUGGUCCAUUGGGAAAUGAAGGAUACAGAGAUUGGCAUAAUAUGGGCUGGGGCCUUAAAAAUCAUGAAGUAAGUAAGGAGCAUAUAGAUUGCAUGACUAGUUGGAUUGAAUUAGAAACAAGACUGAGUAAAAAUAAGACAAUUGAUCAAAGUGUGCAGAUUGAAAUCAAUAAAGAAAGAGAACACUGGAAACAAGUGUUGAAGAGGAUAAUAGCUGUUGUGCAAAGAUUGGCAAAAAAUAACUUGGCAUUUCGAGGAGAUUGUGAGAAGCUUUAUGUGGAAAACAAUGGUCUUUUUUUGCAAAUGAUUGAAAUGAUUGCUGAAUUUGAUCCGAUUAUGAAAGAGCACAUUCGACGUAUUCAAGCACAUGAGACUCAUUAUACAUAUUUGGGCCCCAAAAUUCAAAAUGAAUUGAUACAAAUGUUGGCAAAUGAGGUAAAAAGUUCAAUUCUUAGAAAAGUUAAACAAGUAAAAUAUUUUUUGGUCAUAUUAGAUUGUAUGCCAGAUGCUAGUCAUGAGGAGCAAAUGUCUCUUGUAAUACGAUGUGUGGAUUAUUCAGCAAACUCUGUAAUGGUAGAAGAAUAUUGGGUAGAAUUUUUGAAGGUUGAUGAUACAUCAGGGCUUGGACUUUUUACUGAGCUUAAAAAUAUGUUGACCAAUCUUGAGCUGGACAUUGAUGAUAUAAGAGAUACUAGUGAAGAUCCUAAAACAAAGAGCGAAGCUGAGUCCUUAGCAACACAUGAACUUCAGAAUUUUGAGUUCUUGCUUGGCAUGGUAAUUUGGUACAAGUUGUUGCAUGCAAUCAACACUGUAAGUAAAUUCCUUCAAGCUGAAAAUAUGGAUAUUGAUGUUGCUAUCAGUCUUUUAGAAGGACUUCUUUUGUUUCUUGAUGACUAUAGAGAAUCUGGGUUUGAUAAGGCCAUGGUUGAAGCGAAACAAAUAGCAAAUGAAAUGGGAGUUAAAGCUGUAUUUCGAGAAAAACACAUGAUUCGAAGAAAGAAACAAUUUGAUGAGGAUGGCAGUGAUGAGAUAACACAAUCAGCAGAAGAUUCUUUUAGAGUAAAUUAUUUCCUCUUCAUAAUUGAUCGAGCUCGUUCUUCAUUUCAAACUAGAUUUGAACAAUUUAAAAAAUAUGGUUGCAUCUGCAGAAAGAAGUUUUUCCAAGUUGAAAUUGAUCAAGAUUUAUCUUCGCUCAACUAUGUCACAAGACAGAUUGAAUGGAUUGGCCAUGUUGUCUAUUGA